AUGAAUAAUUCAACAAGAGUAACUGCUAAUAAUUCAAUAAGGAUAGCUGCUAAUAAUUCAACAAGGGCAACGGCUGCUAAUGCAACAAGGACAACUGCUGCUAAUAAUCAAACAAGGGUAGCUGCUGAUAAUGAUCGAAACCAAAUAUUAGAGAUUAGUUAA